AUGGAGGUGUACCAGUGGAUGACUCACAUGGCGAGCCUUGCAGUUCUGUGCCUGCUGCUGGUGUUUCCACUGAGCAGCUCCCAGAGCACCCUGCAGUCUGAGCAGGAGACCGGUGCUCAUCAGGCCCCGGCAGCGCCGCCUCCUCCACCACCUUCGCCACCACGCAUACGAGACCUGCUCAGGAAAGAGGAAACCACUCAUUUAAAUACAAAGCGAACGUAUGCCCACGUAGACAAAGACAAUGCCAAAGGGGCUCUGUUCAUUGCCGCGGCCCUGGGAACCUGCGCACUGAUGGCUGCAGUGUACUGUAUCUACAACAAGUUCUACAACAAACAACAGUACCUGCACACCGAACUCAACGAUGACUCAGAUUUAACCACAGACCACAUGGACCCUCCCCCCGUGUAUUUCCACGCCUCUGUUGGCUCCAGCGCCGCAGACGUGCGGAGAGCCGGCUACGGCUCGCUCUCCGACACUCCAUCCAUCAUCUCUGUGCCACCCAGCCUGUCUCCUCCUCCCUCUGCCAUGCCCUUCCCUCCCCUCUUCCUCUCCUCUCGCUCUCUGAGAACCAUAUCAGCGAAGGAUCUGGAGAAGAGCUGUAUCUGAUACCGAAUGCUCAAGUUAGCUGUGUGAGACCUCGGAACGACAAUGAAGAAUAAGUAGUUGUUUUCAGAAUGUGCACAUUGUUCUCCAUUUUCUGCGCACGCGAGUUUCCUUUUUUUGCAGGCGAAUUUGGCUGAAAUAAAACAACGCAUCAAUUUCAAACCUUGAAGAAUGGGUUUGCAAGUACAGCCCUACAUUGUCGAGGUGUUUUGAACAGUAAGAAAAUGCAGCAGAGAAGAAGAAACAUUUGGCGGUAGAAUAUACAGGAGUCUGCUGGAAUGUGCUAACAGAAGUAUCUCAUCCACCUGCUGCAACUGCCAGUUAUCACUGUUAACCCUGAAACUCUGA